AUGUCAGCAGAUCAACAAACAGCUGUUUUCCUCCAUGACAAGAUAUUGGCAAAGGCUAUGACAUCGGAUUUACAUCAAGUGGAAGGAAACUGGUAUUUCAAAGAAGCCGCAUUGAUUGACAGAUCGAGGUACGAAGAAAGUGACACUCAUACCACCUGUCCAUGGAAAGGCGAAGCGAGUUAUUUCAAUUAUAAGGACGAUGAUGGGAAGAUCAUCAAGGAUAUUGCAUGGUUCUAUCCCAAACCCAAGGCUGGUACAGGUGCAGAAGAAAAGGUUGGAGGUAGAGUCGCUUUUUACGUUGGUAAGAUUGAUGGAUUGAGGGUCGGCGCUCCGUCCAUCUAG